AUGCCGAAGUCGCCGAGGUGGGCGUCCAUGUCCGCGUCGAGGAGCACGUUGCUGGGCUUGAGGUCGCAAUGCACCACAGCCGGCGAGCACCCGUGGUGAAGGUACUCCAGCGCCGCCGCCACGUCGGCGGCCACCGCCACCCUCCGCCAGAAGCUCAGCCGGAGUCCAACAUGGGCGCCGCCGUCGAGGUCGCCGUGAAGCCAACUCUCGAGGCUGCCGUUGGGCAUUAGCGGGAGGACGAUGGCCCUGAAGUCGAGGUUGGAGCAGGUGGUGAUGACGCUGACGAGGUUCCGGUGGCGCACUGAGCGCAUCACCUUGCACUCUGCGUCGAAGCUUCGCCACGCCGGUUCACCCAUCUUGAGCAGGUCGAAGACCUUGACCGCCACCGGCGUGCCGUCGGCGAGCGCCCCCCGGUAGACCCUCCCGAAGCCGCCGGAACCCAGGAGGUUCUCCUCGCUGAACCCGCCGGUGGCGAGCAUGAGCUCGUGGCGGGAGAUCAUAGGGUGCCCCCCCUUUGGCACAUGGUCUCCUUCCUCCGCCUUCUCCUUCUUUUUCGUCUUCCUCCUCCAUACGAGAAGGAAGAUGAUGACGAGGAGGAGCAGCAGUAGAGAGAGGGAACCUACGGCGGCGACGACGACGAUGGUGGUGCGCCGGUGGUGGCGCCGGCGGUCUGUAGGGCAGGUCGCGGGGAGGUCGAACCAGGCGGCGCCACAGAGGGCGGGGUUGCCGGCGAAGGACUCGGCGGAGAUUCCCGGGGACGCCGCGGCGAAGGGGCCUCCCGCCGGCAGCGGCCCUUCCAGGUUGUUAAAGGAGAGGUUCAGGCUCUCGAGGUGGGUCAGCCCCGCCAUGGCCACUGGGACGCGGCCGGAGAGCGAGUUCGACGAGAGGUCCAACGUCUGGAGAUUGAGGGUGGAGCCGAUCGCGGGAGGGAUCUCGCCGGAGAAGUUGUUGCUGGCGAGGCUGAGAUAUUUCAGCAUCUGCAACCCUCCGACGGCGUCGGGGAUGGCGCCGGUGAGCAGGUUGCUGGAGAGGUCCAGGUCGGUGACUAUCCCCAAGCUCUUGAUCGCCGCCGGCAGCGCGCCCUGGAACCUGUUGUGGGAGAGGUUGAGCUCGUUGAGCUCGGUGAGCCGCCACAUCUCGAGCGGUAUCUCCAUCUCCAGCCGGUUCUCCGCCAUGUUGAGCCUCUGCAGUCCGGUGAGGUUCCCGACGGAGCUGGGUAUCGGCCCGGAGACGUCGUUCACCUGCAGGUACAGCAGGCCCAGCUCACCGGCGAGGCCGAGGUCCGCCGGGAGAGGACCUUGCAGGCGGUUGACUUCUAGGUACAGGCGCUGCAAGCUCGGCAUCGCCGCCACCGCCGGCGGGAUGGGACCGGAGAGCAUGUUGUAGCUGAGCACCAGCGUCGUCAUGGCGGUGAGGUUACCGAAGGUGGCGGGGAUGGGCCCCUCCAGGAGGUUGUCUUGCGCGACGAACCGCUCAAGGCUGGUGAAGUUGCCGAUGGCCGCCGCGGGUAGGAUUCCGGUGAACUGGUUGAACCUGAGGUUGAGGUCUGUCAGCCGGCGGCAGCGGCUGAGGGGCCCGAGGAAGCCGAGAUCCCCGCUGAGCAGGUAGUUGUCCGUCACGGUGAAGAGCUGAAGAUCCUCGAGGAGGCCCAGCUCCGGCGGGACGCCGCCAUGGAAGCUGUUGUAGGAGAGCUCGAGGUGGGUGAUCCUGGUGGCGUUGGAUAGAGACGCCGGGAUCUCGCCUGAGAAGUUGUUGACGUUGAUGUAGAGCAUCUGCAGCGGCGGCGGCAGGCGGCGGCCAAAGUCAGGGGGGAGGCGCCCCGAGAAAGGCCCGUUCUGGCCGAGGUCGAGGGUGACGAGUGACGACAUGUUGUAGACGGCGGGGGGGAAUUCUCCGGUGAGCAGGUUGUUACCCAAAAGUAGGUACUGCAGGUUGACGAGCUUCCCGAGCUCGCCGGGGACUUCGCCAGAGAUCUGCGCGGUGAAGAUGCUGAGCACCUGGAGGUUCGUGAGGUUGCCCAGGGCCGGCGGGAUCCUCCCGGUGAGGUUGGUCCUGUCGAGAACCAGGUAGUUGAGCCUGCUCAGGCUGCCUAGCUCCGGCGGGAUCUCGCCGGUGAGAUGGUUGCCGGAGAGGUCGAGGCUGACGAGGUUGGAGAGCCCGCCGACGGAGGAGGGGAUCCUUCCGGCUAG